AGGACGCCGCGGUCAGGACGUCGAAGCCAAAGAAGACAGGAGCCAGCCGGUGGCCGAGCGUUGUCGCGGACCUGGUGCUACCGCCUUGGGCCGCUGCUGACGAGUCCCGGGAGCAAACGGUCCUGACAGUGAAAAAGCAGUCUGGCUCCCGAGGUCCACCCCUUAUACCCCGAGGUCCAGAUGGCGGCCAACGUGGGUGAUCAACGUAGCACGGAUUGGUCCUCUCAAUACAGCAUGGUGGCUGGCGCCAACAGAGAGAAUGGCAUGGAGGCCCCCAUGCAUGAGAACCCAGAGUGGGAGAAGGCCCGCCAGGCCCUGGCCAGCAUCAGCAAAGCGGGAGCUGCCGGCAGCUCCAAAGCCAGCAGCAAUGGACCUGUGGCCAGUGCACAAGGGGAAGAUCUGGUUUCCUUGAGGCAGCCAGGCCUGAUGUUGCCCGGAAGAUGGAGACCAUGCCCCUGGUCUCUAAGGUGCCCAAGUCUGACAGCAGAGUACGUGUCUCAGGCAGAAGCCUCGGCUCUGCAGCAGCAGCAGUACUACCAGUGGUACCAGCAGUACAACUACGCCUACCCCUACAGCUACUACUAUCCUAUGAGCAUGUACCAGAGCUACGGCUCCCCAUCCCAAUAUGGGAUGGCCAGCUCCUAUGGCUCAGCCACACCCCAGCAGCCAUCGGCACCCCAGCACCAAGGGACUCUGAACCAGCCCCCAGUCCCUGGCAUGGACGAGAGCAUGGCUUAUCAGGCCUCUCCACAGCAGCUGCCAGCGGCCCAGCCCCCUCAGCCCUCAAACCCCCCACAUGGGGCCCAUUCUCUGAGCAGUGGGCCUCAGCCUGGAACAGCUCCAGCCACACAGCACAGCCAGGCGGGGCCCCCUGCAGGCCAAGCCUAUGGGCCACAUACCUACAAUGAGCCUGCCAAGCCCAAGAAGGGCCAGCAGCUAUGGAACCGGAUGAAGCCAGCCCCCGGGACCGGUGGUCUCAAGUUCAACAUUCAAAAGCGGCCAUUUGCUGUCACCAACCAAAACUUUGGCACCAGCGCAGAGGGCCAGCACAGCAGCUUUGGGCCCCAACCCAAUCCGGAGAAGGCCCAGAACCACAGCGGGCCUUCCACCCGUGGGAACCUAUCUGGGAAGCCUGAUGAUUGGCCCCAGGACAUGAAGGAGUAUGUGGAGCGAUGCUUUACUGCUUGUGAGUCAGAGGAGGACAAGGACCGGACAGAAAAGCUACUCAAGGAGGUGCUGCAGGCCCGGUUGCAGGACGGCUCAGCCUACACCAUUGACUGGAGCCGGGAGCCGCUGCCCGGGCUUACCAGGGAGCCUGUGCCUGAGAGCCCCAAGAAGAAGCGGUGGGAGGCCCCUAGCAGCCUUCACCCUCCCAGGGGGGCAGGAUCAGUGACCAGGGGCGGGGGUGCCCAGUCCCAGCGAGGGACACCAGGGGCCGGGGGUGCUGGCCGAGCCCGGGGCAGCAGCUUCGCCAAGUUCGGCAACCGUAACGUCUUCAUGAAGGACAACAGCUCUUCCUCCAGCACGGACUCCCGCUCCCGCUCCUCCUCUAGGUCCCCCACCCGCCACUUCCGGAGAAGUGACUCCCACUCGGACUCUGACAGCUCCUACUCAGGGAACGAGUGUCACCCUGUGGGCCGCAGGAACCCGCCCCCCAAGGGCCGGGGUGGUCGGGGGGCCCACAUGGACCGGGGCCGAGGCAGGGCCCAGCGUGGGAAGAGGCACGAUCUAGCUCCUACCAAGCGUAGCCGCAAAAAGAUGGCAGCGCUCGAGUGUGAGGACCCAGAGCGCGAGCUGAAGAAGCAGAAGCGGGCAGCCCGCUUUCAGCACGGGCACUCCCGCCGCCUGCGCCUUGAGCCCCUGGUGCUGCAGAUGAGCAGCCUGGACAACAGUGGGGCCGACCCUGACUGGCAGGAGCUGCAGAUCGUGGGCACCUGCCCUGACAUCACCAAGCACUACCUGCGUCUCACCUGUGCCCCUGACCCUUCCACUGUGCGCCCUGUGGCAGUUUUGAAAAAGUCGCUGUGCAUGGUGAAGUCCCACUGGAAGGAGAAGCAGGAUUACGCCUUUGCCUGUGAGCAGAUGAAGUCCAUCCGGCAGGACUUGACGGUGCAAGGCAUCCGCACGGAGUUCACGGUGGAGGUGUAUGAGACCCACGCCCGCAUUGCCUUGGAGAAGGGUGACCAUGAAGAGUUUAACCAGUGCCAGACACAGCUCAAGUCACUGUAUGCUGAGAACUUGCCAGGCAAUGUGGGCGAGUUCACUGCCUACCGGAUCCUCUACUACAUCUUCACCAAGAACUCUGGAGACAUCACCACAGAGCUGGCGUACCUCACACGGGACCUGAAGGCAGACCCUUGUGUGGCCCAUGCGUUGGCAUUGCGGGCAGCGUGGGCCCUGGGCAACUACCACCGCUUCUUCCGGCUCUACUGCCAUGCACCCUGCAUGUCUGGCUACCUCGUGGACAAGUUUGCAGACCGGGAGCGCAGGUCUGCCCUCAAGGCAAUGAUCAAAACGUAUGUGGCGCUGUGCUCUCCUGCCCUCCACUCUGGCCCUACCAGGCCUCUCCCCUCCACGUGCUCCUGGCCUUCCACUCCCAUCUUCCAGUCUCCCUCCCCACCCUUCCUUGCACUCUCCUGGUGCUUUCCUCCUCAUGCCUCAGUCCCAGGCCCCUCUUCUGUCUCCUCUUCAUCUUUUCCCUCACUGUCCCUGGCUCCUUUUCCCACCCUGUUCUUCUCUCCCCCUGUUCAUGUCAGCCUGGACCUGGUUAUCUUCACUUCUCUCCAGGUUCUUGGCUCCCUCUCCAGGGCCUCUGCCCGCCCAUCACACUCCUCACUUGCUCCUGGGCUAGAGAUGAGCUGGGAGGGAAGGGUUUGGGGCCUCUCUUCCACUAGAGAGGCUGUGCUGCUACUCGGCUCCUUUGGGAAUGCCAGAAGUGUUUAGGGUUAGGCGUGGUGAGGGCCAGUCACACUGGGGUGGGCUGAAAGGCCUGGGGUUGGGCAGGUCUUGCUGACAGGUGUGUGCCUUGCUGUGGCCUGGAGAAGGCAUGUUUGACUCAUGUAUAAGACCCUUGUUCUCAUUUGGGGUUGAGAUGCCCCCAAGGGAACAUUGGGCACCAUCAGGAGACACUUCUGAUUGCCACACUGAGGGGGAUGCAGCUGGAUCUGGUGGGUAGAGGCCAGGGAGGGUGCUCAGCCUUCUGCAGUGCACAAGAUGCCCCAGCAGUCAUCCAGCCCCAGUGUCAGUCUUGCCUCAGGUUGAGAAGUCCUCAUCUGGAGGUCUCUGUGGGUCUGAGGAACCUUGAACACCAGACUGGGUAGCCUGGCCUUCCUCAUGAAGGUAACAGGGAGCCCUAGCAUGGCUCGGAGUGAGGGAGGCACCAUCAGCUUGAAGUUCAGGAAACUCUUCCUGGGAUCUAGUUCCAGUCAAGCCUACUUCAGGGACUGUGGGCAGAGGAGGGACAUGGUCACCAGCUGGGGAUGGAGCAGGGGCCUGAGGGGCCCCCUUGGUGGGCAGCCCUUGAGCUGUACUGCUGCACACAGGGUGUGACUGGCAAGUGAUCAUUUCCUUAUUAGUAGAUACUGGCCCCGGCUAUGACAGCAUAACCCGGGAUGGCCCUGUGGAUGGGCCUGGGGGCCCUGGCCCGUGGUUGACCUCAUGCUGUCAGCACCUUCCCCCUGUGAAUUUGGCACAGCUAUUCCUGGCAGACAGAUCCCAGAGCUAUGGUCCUGCAGGGCUGGGAGGCCAGCUUGGGUGGCAGAUGAGCAGGCUCUCCAGUCCCAGGGCCCACAGGAAGCAGGGCUGUGCAGGCAGACCCCAUUUUCCUUCUGUAGUGCCUCUCACUUGGUGCUGCUUCCUGUGCCUGUCAGUGCAGGCUGACAGCCUGUAGAGCUCACGGGCAGCCCCUGACAGCUAAUCCUGGCCCCUGUAACGUGCACAGUGAGCAGUAUGUCACGUCACCAUUGGAACCAGAGUCACUGUUAGGGGUGUGGUGGCGAGUGCUGGCCAGGCAGCUCUCUAGCUCCCAGGGCAGAGCGCAGCAGCAGGGGCUCCCCAGGUAGCACUGUUGGCCCUGCCCUCCCAUGCCCAUGCACUGCCCCCUGUCUGGCUCUUGCCCCUCAGCCAGUGGAGGAGCCAGCUGGGCCCUUCCCCUCCUGUCCCCUCUCCUUCCUGGACAGGUAAGUGAGGGCAAGGGGGGGCACACUGGGGACUGGGGCCACCAACCCCAGCCCAGGCCCCCCCAAGCCCCGAGGUGGGGAGGCUGGGAGGAGCUGGGGGAGCCAGCAGGGAUCGUGCGGAGGAAGACCCUGCGGGCGCCCUACUGGGGCGCCUGCUCCCUGCCUGUGGGGCCCUCCCUGCCCACUCGCCGCGGCCUCAUCGCUCUCUCCUCUUGUCUCGUAGCUUCCGCCCUGCGCUGCCAGUCUCCUACCUGCAGGCCGAGCUGGCCUUCGAGGGCGAGGCCGCCUGCCGGGCCUUCCUAGAGCCCCUGGGCCUGGCCUACACGGGCCCGGACAACUCCAGCAUCGACUGUCGCCUCAGCCUGGC